UCGUCUCUCACCGUGCCCUAGUUCUUUUCUGAAAAUAUUAUCUGAGGGAUUUGGGUUUCUUUUGGCCGUGAUUUGUUUGAUUUCGCCGGUUAAAUGUCGAGAUUUUACCCUGAUCUGUUCGAUUUUGACUGGAUGGCGUCUUUGCAAACGUGGGUUGAAUUGACGGUGAUAGAAGAUAGAUGUAGAGAAGAGGCGGCUCGCCGAGCUUCAGCCCAAGAAGGUAAACGGCCGAUUCCUCCAUCUACUCCCUGUCCUUUGACGAAUUCCGGUGAAGAGCCGGUGUCCGCUUCAAGUUCCAUUUCUGAUGCUUACCCUGAUUCAUUCUUCUUUUGUGAGGAAAAUUGGGAGCAUCGAAACAUGAGCGAUGCUGUUGAAUCUAUGAUGCGGAUCCUGCUUCCUGCGUUCUUUUUGCUGCCCAUACCCGAUUGAUUGUGCUUCGUGAGCUGCUCCAUUUUGCAACAGCUGCUGAAAUCUUCCCUCUAGCAGGCUUCCCUUCCUUGCUGUCUUCAAGGAGGAAUUGGAUUAUUGCUGCCCUCUCAAAUGUGGAGAGAUCUUUUCUCCUAGCCAUAGUGUAGUUUUUGUGGUUUUUUUGGUUUUGAGUUGUUGUAGCAGCUGCUUAGUUUAGUCUUUGUAAACUGAAUUGGUCUCUAUUUAUAGAGGGGAGAAACCUUGUAAAGUGUGGGAAAUUUAAAAUUCUCAAAUUUUCAAUGAAAAGGCAAAUUGGAAUUGGUUUC